AAAAAAGGGCAGUACACGUAAGGAGAAAUAGAAAGUAGGGCGAAGAGCAAAAACAAACAGCUGAUUUUCUAGCCCUUCAUCUCCCAACUUGGUUGGAAAAAGAAAAAAAAAAAAAGCUAUAGUCUUGACGGCAGAGAGAGCAGAGCCGCCGCCCCUCUCUCUCUACUAUCUUCAUCUCUUUAAACACUCAUCAACAACCCAGAAGGCGGUUCACCAUUGUACUUUUGGAUAUGAAGAUUUGUUGUGGUUUUGUAAAUACGAUUGAAGAAGAGUUUUUUGGGAUCAAAGUAAACACGAGCCAAUGAUAUUGGGAUCACCAGGCAGAAUGUUAUAUGCUGCAACCUCGAUUUGGGAUUACUGAGCACUUUGAGGAUUUCAAGACAGUUGUUAACAAAUUGAUAAAUGAAGUCUGAUUGUAUUAUGGAGAAUGCGUAUUUAAGGAGUUCAAUUCUCAUUGAGGGGAAUGCAUAAUAUUUUCCCUGUGGAGCAGUUACUCUUAUCUUGGGACGUGUAUCCAGGUGAUACUGUGUCUGUAAAUUAUGUUGCGAGCAAAGCACAUAAGUAAUCUUUCAAGCAGUGCGAGGUCAUUUUUCCUUAAUGGGCCACGAUGUAGUGCAACAGAAGGAAGUUCAUGCACUUGCUCUGAAGAUGAAACUUGUGUUUCGCAAAGGCAGCAAACAAGAAAUGGAGGGCUACUUGCCCAAACUCCAUCCACCAUGGUAUCCAAACCUUCAGCAGGGGCAGGAACCAUCAUCACGGGAGAUGCAGUAAAAGUGGCAAGUUCUCAUAAAGCUGAGAGUGUCGAGCACACAACUAAUAUUAAACAGGUUACAACUGCCCCAAGAUCUUUUGGGAGAUCAGAGACUGUAACUUAUUCUAAUAGCACGGAUGCGGUACACUCAUCACCUCUUGUUGUAGACCAGUUUGCUAGGGCUGGAGUUGCAGCUGUAAAUUUUCUGUCUGAUAUAGUAAAUGGUAAGCUUCCUUUAUCAGAUGGGCUUGGAUUGCUUAACUUGCCACAGAACUGUAUGGUUGAUCCCACGAGGCCCCUCUCCGGUAUCAAGCCUUCGCAUGUGAAACAAAUAAAAAGAGAGCAUUUCAUUAGUGUUCAUCCAAAACCUUCUACUGAGACAGUAGCUGCAUCAAAGCAUACAAGUAAUAAUCAUGGUUCAAAGGGCAAAGGAGAGAAACCCAGUUUUGUUAAAGGUCUAAAUCAUGUUCCAUACACUAGGACGGAAAACUCAGUGGUGGCUCACACUGCAUCUUCUGACACUUUUGAUAAAAGGUCUAUGCCACGGAAAUCAAAAGGGCAUUCAAACAACUUCAUUCCAAAUUACAGUUCCAAUGUGCAGACUUCUGAUGCAGAGAGUAUGGGUCGUGUCACAAAAGGUUUCAAUAGACGCACAAGAGAUAUGAAAAUGCCAACAGGGAUAGCUCCAAUCAACAGACAGUUUGUGCAUACUGGGAGUGUUGUUCAAAAUGUUUCUCACAUACUGCAACAGAUGAGAUGGGGUCCUGCUGCAGAGGCGGCUCUUGUAAAUCUCAACUGUUCAAUGGAUGCAUAUCAAGCAAACCAAAUCUUAAAGCAACUUCAAGAUCAUUCUGUUGCUCUGAGCUUUUUUUAUUGGCUAAAGAGGCAGGCAGGAUUCAAGCAUGAUGGGCACACUUAUACCACCAUGGUUGGCAUCCUUGGUCGUUCCAGGCAGUUUGGUGCCAUUAACAAAUUGCUUGAUCAGAUGGUGAAAGAAGGAUGCCAGCCAAAUGUUGUGACAUAUAACCGGCUGAUUCAUAGUUAUGGUCGUGCAAACUAUUUGAAAGAAGCAAUGAAUGUGUUCAACCAAAUGCAAGAAGCAGGGUGUGAACCUGACCGUGUCACCUACUGCACACUAAUUGACAUCCAUGCAAAAGCUGGGUUUCUUGAUGUUGCCCUACGACUGUAUGAUGGGAUGCAAGAGGCUGGUCUUUCUCCUGACACAUUCACUUACAGUGUAAUGAUCAACUGUCUUGGAAAAGCUGGCCAUUUAGCUGCUGCUCACCGUCUGUUCUGUGAGAUGGUUAAUCAGGGUUGUGUUCCUAAUUUGGUCACGUAUAAUAUCAUGAUAGCUUUGCAGGCCAAAGCAAGGAAUUAUGAGACUGCUUUAAAGCUCUACCGUGACAUGCAAGGUGCUGGAUUUGAACCAGAUAAAGUCACUUAUAGCAUAGUAAUGGAGGUGCUUGGCCAUUGUGGGUAUCUUGAGGAAGCAGAGGCGAUUUUUGGUGAAAUGAAACGGAAGAACUGGGUACCUGAUGAACCUGUUUAUGGUCUUUUGGUAGAUUUGUGGGGUAAGGCAGGUAACGUCAGAAAAGCCUGGAAUUGGUAUCAAGCAAUGCUCCAUGCGGGUUUACGGCCUAAUGUUCCUACUUGCAAUUCUCUGCUCAGUGCUUUUCUUAGGGUGCACCAGCUGUCUGAUGCUUAUAACUUGCUACAGAGCAUGAUGGGUUUAGGUCUGAACCCUUCUCUGCAGACAUAUACCUUGCUUCUCAGUUGUUGCACAGAAGCACGGUCACCAUAUGACAUGGACUUUUGUUGUGAGCUUAUGGCCGUUACAGGCCAUCCUGCACACACAUUCCUACUGUCUAUGCCAUCAGCGGGACCUGAUGGUCAAAAUGUGCGAGAGCACAUGAGCAGGUUCUUGGAUCUGAUGCAUAGCGAGGAUAGAGAAAGCAAGAGGGGGCUUGUAGAUGCAGUAGUGGAUUUUCUUCACAAGUCAGGGCUAAAGGAGGAGGCUGGUUCAGUCUGGGAGGUGGCUGCACAAAAGAAUGUUUAUCCGGAUGCCAUUAAAGAGAAAAGCUCAUGUUAUUGGCUUAUAAACCUGCAUGUUAUGUCUGAUGGUACUGCCGUGACAGCACUGUCCAGGACGCUUGCUUGGUUUCGCCAACAAAUGCUAAUAUCUGGGAUUUGUCCAAGCCGAAUUGAUAUUGUGACUGGAUGGGGCCGGCGGAGCAGGGUGACAGGAUCUUCUUUGGUGAGGCAGGCAGUGGAAGAACUACUUAAUAUGUUUAGCUUUCCAUUCUUCACUGAAAAUGGCAAUUCUGGGUGUUUUGUAGGAUGUGGGGAGCCUCUUAAUAAAUGGUUGCUCCAAUCUUAUGUGGAGCGAAUGCAUUUAUUGUAAGUUGGUAAUGCUUCCUUUCUGUCAUUGCCGCACGAUUUUUGUUCUUUCUCAGCGGGAAAGAUGAGCAGAGUUGGUGUUGAUUAGUGCCUUUAUGUAUCAUGAAGACUAUGUAUUUGCAGACUAUGUAUUUAUGCUGUUCUCAUGCCAUGGGCAGCUAUUUCUAGGUAAAUGAAUAAGUUCUAUUUUCACCAGUAGCA